GUUGACAUGAUGUAGAUUUAUUGAUUUUGUGUAAAAUAAAAAUUUCUGUCUACAUCAAGAUGAUAAAAUUUAUGAAAAAUCUUUAAAAUAAAUUUUAUACAAAAUGCUACGACAAGAAAAUUUGGCAGCUAACUUUUGUGGCUUAUUAGCCAGUCAGGGAUAUACGGAUAAAGCCAUCGAAUGGCGUGUAUUGGGCCAAGAACAAGAUGGUUCCAUGUUAGCCUCUUGGCAAUUUGAACACUUGGAAACGAAUGUGCUUAAAACAUGUAUCGGCCACUUUAACGCUGUUAAGAAAACUUUACGAAUUCUACAUCGUCUUAACGAACAAGUGGAAGUGGUGCAAGCCACUGUCAAUAGCUCCUUUAGUUUACUUACGUAUGUGGCCAAGAAGCCAUGGUCUGAGGAUAAUGAAAAUGAGGAGGGUAAACAAGCAGUAUUACAUUACUUCCCUUAUAUUGUGGAAAUACGAAGUGAUGAGAGCGUCAUAUCUACAUUUUUGCUUAAGCAGCCAUGUCGCCGUCAAGUAAUGACACAAUUUUUAUGGCGUUCCGAAAAUCGUUUUGAUAAGGUGUGGCAGGAUAAGCUGUUGGUGAUGACACAUGGACAAAAUAUUUUACAAUUUACUUGCACUAUAAAAUCCAACGAUCCAACCGCAUUCAAUUUAGAUUUUGCCCAAGAAGAAACCUGGCAUUUAGACACCUCCAUAUUGGUGUCCGAAUGUUUGGCCAAAAGUUUUACAUGGGCCCAGUGGGACAGUGAUAAUCAAGCUCUCUACUAUAUACACAUGAAACCAAAAGCCAAAAGUAUUAGUCUAUUAGAUCCCGAGAAUGAAAAUGAAGUCACUGAGAACAUCAUGAGUCCCACAUUGUCGGCAUUCCAGUUUAAUGAUAAAUUGCCCACAGAAACUGUGCUUAAUAUUCCCUUAAAUUUACCCAAACUACCAACCGGAUCUUUUAAUGACGAUGAUCCCACCUAUGAGGAUGAUGUUAUGCCGCUACGUGUGCAUGACACUUCCUUAAAUUUAAUUAUAUUGGCCGACCCGAGUGGCAUGUUGUUUGUCUGUCAUUAUUACUUGUAUCAGCCCAUACAACCAAAGAAUGUGGAUGAAAGUGAAACCCCUUCGGCUGGUAGUUCAACUGCCGGAUCAUCGGCUUCUUCGGCCACUAAUGCUCGUAAAGUUGAUGUGCAUUUUGCUUAUUCGGUGACCUUGCUACAUCAUGGCUGUGUGGUGCAUUGCGUAAUGCCGGGAGUGCCCUGGGAAAAGGCUCGUCUACUUAAGCCCACCUUUGCUUUACAUGGUGCUCACAAUUUAUUGGUUUUUCAACCGGAUCUCUUUGUACAUCUUCUGGAUGUGGGCUUGACUCAUGAACCUUGUUGUCACAUUGUAUGUCCGGCCCAUAAUCGCAAUCCUUUGACCCAACUAGUGCCCUGUCGUAAAUGGGGUUCAUUGGCUUAUGAUACGGCCACCUUGGAUUUAGUUUCAUUGUCGGUGCCACGUUCGCAUUUAAUUGAAGCCUUUCGCAAUGAUACUUCAGUAGAUAAUCGUCUCAGUAUUAUACAUCAUUUUUUGGUGCAUUCAUCCAAUGAUCAAUUGGAUGUUUUAUCGGAGCUAUUAAGCAUUAUAAUGGAACGCCCCCUGUCAUUGGAUACGGUGGCCCUUUUAAAAGAGUCUCUAGUUGCUGGUAGUUAUGCAUCGACCUUGCGGGGUUUACCCUCGGAGGCCCUAACAAUGUGUAAAUUUCUUCCAUUAACAACCGCAGAUGCCACAAAACCAAUACAAGCUCGGGUGGCCGAUAUAAGUGUGGGUAUAUCACAUGAGAGUUUAUACAAUACAAGCAUGAUGUUGUUAUCGCCCCAGCAAAGGUUAUCGCCCUACAAAUCUGAUAUAUGGACACGUUUGUGGGAGCAUUUAAAUGAAGCGGGUCAAAAAGAGAAUACAAAUUGUGCCACCCGGCGUUUUACUGUGGAACAAGUUAGUGAAAAGCUAAUGUUUUCAUUGGCCUGUUACCAGCCGGAAGCUCUUUCACGCUGCACCACACCUCAGACUCCUAGUAAUGCAGGCAAUAGUUUAAACGACUUUUCCUUGGCUAGUCGUCGUAAUUGCAAUGAGAUAAUGCCCUUUAUAGAAAUGGAAUCAUGCACUGCUACCAAGCAAGAGCAUGUUAUGUCGGUGACUCUGCGAGAACUAAGUGUGCAUAUAGUUAAAAAUUCCUCCAAACCGAAUACUGGUUUUCGCUGGCUAAAAGAAACAUUUUUUGAGCGCUCGCAAGCUCCGGCCCAUGUUCAUGCAGUGGCCUCCCAAUAUGUCACCUCACAGUUGGAUCUUUCGCGUUCUCUUUGCUCUCUAGUAUGUAGAGCAGCUGGUUUGGAUGCUCGCCACGAAACAGCCAGAGGCUUUCAAUUGAUUGAUCAAAUGAGCAAUGGCCAGCAGUAUUCCCUGUUUCUUAUAUUGGAACGUUAUUGUUUAGCUGUAGAUUCUAUAGCAUUCCCUUUGCCUCAAGGUUUUGCUUCCUUCUUCACUUAUUUGGGUUAUCGUGCUCUUUCUUUUGACAUGUUCUUGCAGUAUGUUCAAAAUCAUGUUUUCGAAUUACAAGUUGAUGUUAUGAAAACUAUUAUAAAUGAUAUAGAUGACUCUAAGGAGGGAAUUGAAAGGAAACUUUCUCUGUUGUCUGCUCUGCCAAAACAGCGUGCUCAGCGUUUACUAAAGAAUUGGCAUCAUCCCGAAAGUUUAAUGAUACGGGGACGUGAACAUGCGUCCAAUAUAUUGUCGGGCAAUCCGGUGCAGCAACGUAAAGGUAGUGUGUGUAAUGCAAAUGCCCAAGCACGUUCAAAUAUUAGAAGUGGAAUUGCUGCUGAAAAACUCUCACCAUUGGAUUCAUUUUUGGAUCUCCUAACUGCCAAAGCUAGUCUUAAUGAAUUGGACUACAAUUUACUUAUUGAAACUACAGUGUCAUCCAUGGAUCAUUUAAAUGUUAAUUAAAGAUUCAAUGUGCCAUUCCUUCAAUUUUACUUAUUGUGCUAAAAAUAAUUAUUAGAUUUAAACUAUAAGCGUAGUAUUCAUUAGCAUUUAAAAAAUAUGUAACUACUUAAUGUAUUUGUCGGGUAUUAAAUAUAAUUAUAUUACUUUUUUUUGUUUGUAUUUGGAGGCUAUUUAAUCAUGUUUUUUUAUAUUCGUUUUUUAAUUUAAGAUAAAUUCCCUUAUAUAUCCUUCUUUUGCAACUGUUUAAUAUUUUUCUUUGUUUACAUAAAUUAUUUUUAAGCGAAAUGUUACUUUUUGUAAUAUUAGUUAUAUUUUUUAUGUGUAUUUAAUAAAAAUUACUUUUAUUUUUGAAAAGUUAUUUAAUUUUUUUUUAAAUAAAUAAAAAAAUAUAAUCCCAGAAUGAAA